GGAGACAAACGUGUGGGCCGGUCUUGCACAUCACGGCCACUCCCGGACUCUUACCUUAUAAAUAUCGCGGGAGGUGAAAUUAUAGUCGUCUGCAAGAGCAGUGUAAGAUAAUUAAUCAGGGACUGACACAUUUCAGACUGAAGAGCCAAAUUUCUCUAAUUGAGCAACUUUUUUGUUAAUUUUUAAUUCAACUUCAAAUGGACACGAAAGGCAACUCACUACAAUCGGUGGACCUUAAACAAACCACUGAGGAUGCAAAGCCACCUAAAAUGGAUUUAGAGACUUCACUGAAGGAAUGCUCCGCUGCCCUUGAUCUUUUUCUGGACAACAGAUUUGCUGAUGCGCUGGCCAGCUUAAAACCUUGGAAGUCCCAGAGCAUGUACCAUGCCAUGGGCUACAGCAGCAUCCUGGUGAUGCAGGCAGGCAUGACCUUUGAGCCAAAGGACAUGGAUGCAGCCAUGGCAUCGCUGAGAGAAUCCCUACAGACAUGCCAGAGUUUCAGGAAGAAAACUGGAAUAGUGGAGACUUUGACCAGCCUGUGGUACAGACAGCCAGCUGAUAACCUGACAGAGGAGGAGAUGCAUGCAGAGCUGUGCUACGCUGAAGUUCUGCUGCAGAAAGCUGCCCUCACAUUCCUGGAUGAGAGUAUCAUUGGCUUCAUCAAAGGCGGGAUGAGAAUCCGAAACAGUUAUCAAAUUUUUAAAGACUGCCAGGUCUUGGCAAGUAUGACAAAAGAAAUGGAAAAGGAGAAGAGCACCUAUGUUCACUUCAGGAGUGGGAUCAGCAUGGGCAUUGGAUCUUUUAAUCUGAUGCUGUCUCUGCUCCCAUCCAGAGUCCUCAGAUUAAUGGAGUUUCUGGGCUUUUCAGGAGACCGGGAGCUAGGCCUGUCAGAGCUGAGACAAGGAGCAGGCAGCCACAGCCUGCGCUCCAUCCUCAGCGCCCUGACCCUGCUCAUGUAUCACCUCUACAUCACAGUCAUUCUAGGUACGGGUGAAGGAAACCUUAGUGAAGCUGAAACUCUGCUGGCACCCUACGCUCAAAAGUUUCCCAAUGGAGCUUUAAUGCUUUUCUAUACUGCAAGAAUCGCGUUGCUCAAGGGGAACUUCACAUUUGCCCAGGAGAAGUUCCUGGCAUGCAUUGCAGCGCAGGAAGAGUGGCGUCAGAUUCACCACCUGUGUUACUGGGAGCUGAUGUGGGCCUACUCCUUCGAACAAAACUGGAUGGAAGCGUAUCGAUACGCUGACCUGCUCUGCAAAGAGAGCAAGUGGUCGCAGGCUGUCUACGUCUUCCAAAAAGCUUCUAUCCUGAGCAUGCUUCCAGAGGAGGAGGUGAAGAAGCUUGGAGAAAAUGUAGUGGAGUUAUUUAGGCAAGUGGAUAGCCUCAGACUGAGGAUUGCUGGUAAGUCGAUUCCAACUGAGAAGUUUGCAGCAAAGAAGGCCCAGAGAUACGCCUCUUCUUGCCCUGUGAAACUGGUCGUCCCUGCUCUGGAAAUGAUGUAUGUAUGGAAUGGUUUUACUGUUGUUGGCAAAAGACCCGAGCUGACAGAAAGCAUCCUGAACACUUUAGAGAAAGCAGAGGAGGAGCUCAGAGAAGAUCCGAACCCAUCAGAGUAUCACCUGGAGGACCACUGUGUUCUUCAGCUGCUGAAGGGUCUAUGUCUCAGACAGCUGGGGCGUUUGGUCAAGGCCGAGCUCUGCUUUAAUCACGUCAUUUCCAAAGAAGAUGACCUAAAGCAUUACAGCUACCUGGUGCCAUUUACUAUGUAUGAGCUGGGCUUGCUGCACAGGCAGAAGGGCGACAUCCCAACCGCUAUCACCGUGAUAGAAAAUGCAAUGACGAACUACAAAGACUACAACAUGGAGUCAAGGCUACACUUCCGCAUCCAUGCAGCACUCAACACCAUGGGAACCUUUGCAGCCAAACUUCCUCCUUCCCGUACCCCAGCUUAAAGCACUUAUACUAUGAAGCUUGACUGAGGAAAACACAAAUCACAGGGAAGUCUGACACAAAGCCUGGUAACCCUGUUUGCUGCCUGUAAUCUGUAACUGUACUUGAACUCCUCCAGGUGGGCAUCUUGUCGUCAGCCCUUUAUAAUGGUGCAUACAUCCAAACUUAACUGUGCAGGUUUUGCAGAGCAAAGCUCUAAGAUUUCAGUCCAGUGUACAUCUUUAAUAAUUCUAAAACAUGUUUUUUAUGUUUGCUGUGUAUGAAGUUUGGCUUGAUAGUUAAUCUAGUGAAAGAAAAGUGAAACUCAUUUUGUUGAUUUAUUAAAACAGCAUGUUCUUAGUAACGCUCCAUCCAUUUAUUGCUUUUCUUACUUUCAGUUCUUUGAGAGAUUAAAAAAGUAAACUAUUUAAGGAUUUUUGUUUCAGAAUAAUAUAGUGUUAUAUUAAAACCUGGUACAGUUCAUGUAUGUUCUACAGUUAAAUAUCAUCUUGUAAAUAACUGUUAAUUUCCCUUUUUCUGUGUAUUAUGAGUCAUUCUGCUUUGUUUAAUGAUAUUUACUGAAUAAAUAUGACGAUUUAUGACUAUGAAA